AUGACAGAGAUACUGUUCUAAACAAGAGACCGCCGUUUUAAAGAACGAUUUAGCGAUUGUAUAUCCUUUCUUGGCGCGUUUUAUUUAUUUUCUUUUUUUGUGCGUAAAAGUUUAGAGAUACUUUAUUAACUGGUACUUUGGCCGUCUCAUGGGCUGAGUUCCAAAUAUCACUUAGACUGAACUCUACAUAUCCCACAAGUUAAAAUAGAGCAGAAAGUAUCACUAAUCGUGUUUAAAACGCAUGUAUCUGUGCGUAAAACACAGCUAUCCAAGUGUUUUCCUGCAACUCCAAACAACUUAGAAGCGUUGCAAUGGAAAAAUCAAAGAACUUCAGGAUCGACGCUCUUCUGGCUGAAGAACCACAUCGAGGGACACGAGAAGUAUCACCUGGACUGAGCAGCGACAGCCCGACUGGUAGCCCGGUGUCCUGCAGGCGCGCAGACACUCCGUCCCCCUGCGCCAUACACCUCCAAACCGGAAUCAUACCUAAACCAGGGCUGCUCAAUCUCCCACACCCAGGACUCACUUCAAUUCCAGGCAUGUACACGACCCCCAUGUACCCCAUUUCAGCGUUGGGAGGUCAGCACCCCGCCCUGGCGUACUCGGGUUUUACGCAGCUGACGCACCCGUACCCGGAGCAGCUGAAGGCGGCGGCGAUGGCCGGGUCUUUACCGCUGGAGCACUGGAUACGAGCUGGCAUCAUGGUACCACGACUGCCCGAUUACACCUGUGAGUGGGGUAGCAUGCAGAUGACCGCCCCCCAGUCCGGUUUGAUGGGUAAAUGUCGAAGGCCACGGACAGCAUUCACCAGUCAACAACUACUGGAGCUGGAAAACCAGUUUAAACUUAACAAGUACCUUUCCAGACCCAAACGCUUCGAAGUGGCCACAUCACUCAUGCUGACCGAGACACAGGUCAAGAUCUGGUUCCAGAACCGGCGAAUGAAGUGGAAACGCAGUCGUAAGGCUAAAGAACAGGCCGCACAGGUCGAGGUCGAACGCCAACGGGGGGGAAGCAAACCGACCAAUGAGAGACCAGGAAGGGACGGUCGCAGGGCUCUCGCUCAGAGUGUGGAGGAGCACGAGGAAGAGGACGAACUCGACGAGGACGAUGAAGAAGACGAGGAGGAAGGGCCACACAAGUUUAUAAACGACACCCUUAAUGUAGCACGUUCCACAGACUUUCUGCACCACACAUCGGCGUUAGGAUACCACGCCGACAGCCCGUUCUCUGAGGACGACAUGGAGGAGGUGGGAGGCGGCGACAGGAAGAUUGGGGCAGGGUUAUGAAAAGAUUUCCAAAUGGAAACUGAGACUGCAUGA